CUUUGAAAACGCCAACGGGAGUAACAAAGACUUGUUUAUUUGUAUAUAUUUGAGGAGAAGCUUGGUUCAAACAUGAAGUUUCUUAUUUCGCUCUUGGCUUGCGGUUCAGCGGCUUUCGCUGCGCAGCUAACUCAAGUCUCGAAUUAUGGGGGUUCGGCAAAGGCGAGACCUGGAAUGUACGUCUACAAGCCCGACCAGGUCAAGACCGAUGCGCUCGUUGUAGCCAUUCACCCCUGCGGAUCCACCGGCCCGAGCUACUUUGGCUGGGCACCCUGGAAAAAGGGCUCGGAUUCCAAGGGCUACAUCUCCGUGUUCCCGAGCGCGACGGCGUCGUGCUGGGAUGUUUCGAGCAAGGCGUCGUUGUCGCAUAAUGGAGGCGGCGAGUCGAAUGCUAUCGCUGAUAUGAUUACGUAUGCGACCAAGCAGUACAACCUCAAUCCCAAGAAGGUGUAUGUGGUGGGAGAGUCUUCCGGUGCGAUGAUGACGAAUGUCUUGGCCGCGACAUACCCCGAUCUUAUCGCUGCGACUUCGGUGUACUCUGGUGUCGCUGCUGGAUGCUUUGUGUCGGCUUCUGGAGCGGUGGCGGCGUGGAACAGUGAAUGCGCUCAAGGACGUUCCAUCAAGACUGCGCAGCAGUGGGGUGAUAUUGCGCGCGCAAUGGAUCCUGGCUACAAUGGCCAGCGUCCUCGUGUUCAAUUCUGGCAUGGCUCUGUUGAUGCCACCAUCCUCCCGCCCAACUACAACGAGACACUCAAGCAGUGGACCAACGUGUUUGGAGUCAGCACUACGCCUACAAGGUCGCAGGCCAACACGCCCCAGACCAACUACCGCACCGACGAUUUUGGUCCCAACGUUCAGGGAAUCUGGGCAGUUGGUGUCGGACACGGUGUCCCAGCUCACCAAGCUCAAACUGAGGCCUGGUUCGGAUUGUAAAAGUACGCAUUUUCGUGCGAUAUGAGCAGCAUACUUCAUGUACAUAAGUAGUCAAACACACAAGCCGUAAAUAUUGAUCACCUUCCCGAGCUCUGACUCUCGCUUCUGCGAUGGGUUUCCUUUGGUACUUCUAGUGUGUCUCGUCGUUUUGGUGCCCGAGCAGGACUAGAAUCCAGUCGCGGCGUUUCUGGUAUGGGUGGUGGUGAGCUGGGUCCAAUAUCUGAUGUAGACCGAAUGCUUGCCGCAUAUGUGCUGCUGGCUCUUGCUUCCCGGAUCAGAUCAAAAUUGCGACUAGUACUCUCCAGAUUUGGGUUACGCCAGACUUCUCCGGGUACCUCUGGGAAGGAUCGUGUCGCCUCGUUGGUGCUGUUUUGCUCCAAGUCAAGCUUUUCAUGC